CUACUGCGCUCGUUCAGUCGGCGAGAAGCGCUCCACGCGGCACCACACCGCCCUCCCGCGCUCGCACACCGGCGGGAAACUUCUAAAUAAACAUCCCGACUUCGCAAUCUAUCUCUACCACCGCGCCUCUCUAUAAACUUUUCCUCACAAGUUUGAUGCACUUUCCACCACCGAGCCGGGCCUACGUCGCUAGAUGUAACUACUACGACUUUACCCCAUUUACUAAUGCGAUUGUUUCCCCGUGUAAGCCACACUUAUCGCCAUCGUCUACCACAUGAUAAACUCCGUGAUUAACUUUGUUCGUGAAGUGGCACAUCACUAACUUGCGCGAGCUCCACAAAGUUUAAUUGUUCGUGUGAAUAUUUAAUUUGCAGUGUUCUCAGUGGCGUCUGAUGUGAGAUCAAAAAGAAACUUUAGCCACAAGUUAUGAAGAAAAAUUGAAUUACAAUGCAGUUAAAGUUUGCGCUAAAUAUUAUAUAAGACUACGUUAUACGGUAUUAUUUGUUUGAGUGGACAGUUUGGAAUUAGCGAGAGUGUUGCACUUUUAAUGCAUAAGAGAGGCGAUGCCGACAUCGUCAUACGUUUGAAUGAGUCACGUUCGUAGUGUCUCGGUCUGAGCUAUUACGUUGGAACAGCUAAGUGUUAAAACAUCGUGGAGUUAGUUGUAAGGGUGGGUUAGUGUCGAGUGACGGAUGGUGUGCGAUGGUGGCGCCAUGCUGUGCCUGGAGUCGCUGAUGGCGCGCUGGCGCGAGCGCAGCGCCCGGGAAGGGGAGCGGCGCGCGCGCUCGCGCAGCCUCUGCUCCUCGGGAGCCGAUGGCAGUCUGCUGCAGCUACUGCAUAGAAGAGCUAGCAGUGCUAUAUCAUCGGCAAGCGAAUUAAUCUCGAGGCGAGGAGUAUUUUCUAGAAGACAGUAUGGAUCUGUGGAACAACUGUCUGCGUCAGGCGACCCGGGGGCUUUGGAUGCCGUGGCCCGGCGAUAUCGCCUUGAAAACGGCAACUCAUUGGGGGAGAAGGAUGAGUUAUUUGGACCUCCGAGCGCGCCUGUACUUGAAAAUCCGGAGUUUCAGACACGAUGGUACUUCAAGUAUUUUCUUGGGAAAAUGCAUCAAAACUACAUCGGAGUGGAUGGAUCCAGGGAGCCAUACCUGCUAAGUGUGGUGCAGGAAGGAGGCGCGGGCCUUUUACGAGCUAUACUCUUCAAUAAAAUGGGUGCCCAUAAAAUAUAUCUUCCACCGAGCGCUUGGAAUAGUGGUGGUGGUCAGGCGCCGACAAGACCCACAGUAAAACAGAUUUUAGGACAAUUCCCGUCGAUGGAAAGAGUUGACAAGGUUCCAAGAGAAAUAACAUGUGCCGAAUUACAAAAAGAUGUUCUGCUACUGGAAGAGCAGGAAGGCUCUGUAAAUUUUAAGAUAGGAGUAAUGCUAAUGAAACCCGGCCAAAAGACUGACGACGAAAUGCUUUCCAAUGAGAAAGGCGACGAGAAAUGGGACAGAUUUAUUUCACUUUUGGGAGAUAAAAUUCGAUUACGGGGUUGGAACCGUUUCCGAGGGGGGCUGGACGUCAAAGGUGACAUGACUGGCAGCCAUUCAAUUUACACGAUGCAUCAGGGACACGAAAUUAUGUUUCACGUCUCUACAAUGCUACCGUUUUCCAAAGAUAAUAAGCAACAGCUGGAGAGGAAGCGCCACAUCGGCAAUGACAUCGUCAACAUAGUUUUCACAGACGACUCGGUGCACAAUACCUUUAAUCCGCAGUGCGUCAAAAGCCAUUUCACACAUAUAUUCGCAGUAGUUUCAGAAGUAGAGGAAGGGUACAAGCUAAGCGUGUACAGUGACGAUACAGUGCCACCAUUUGGCCCUUCCUUACCUUGUCCGCCGAUAUUUAAUGAUCCACAAUUAUUUAGGGAGUUUUUACUGGUAAAAUUAAUGAAUGGAGAGAAAGCAGCCUUCCAAACGCCGACAUUUGCAUUAAAACGACAACGAACCCUCGACACGCUAAUAAGGGACAUCUACGCGGAACACUGCUCCGACCACAAGGUGCCCAUGCUUUCUCGACGAGCUCUCUCGGACGUGUGGUCUGGUGGGGCGGGUGCAGGCGGUGCUGGUGCAGCUAGGACUGAACACUUCUUGCACGUGGGUCAGGCGCUCAAACUUGACGCCGUGUUGCGUGGCGACGCACCCACUAGUUUAGUGUCAUCAGGUAGAUGUGGCGGUUCCCGGCGAGCCCCUUGGGAAGGUAAGGUGUGGCGCGCUGCACCGCUGCCGGCGACGCCGGUUUGCGCGGAACAACUGGCUGAAGGACGGCUAUUGCUAUCUACUACUUCCAACACGUACAUUUUAGAAGAAAGUGGAACAACUCGCGUAGUAUUAAGAUGGGAGGGAUGCGUACGAGCUGCUAGAGUGAGUGAGCGAGCUGGUUUAUUCCGCGUGGGCGCGCGGGUGGUCGCGGGGGGCGGGUCUACCACGGGCGGCGCGGGGGGCGCGGGGCUGUACGCGCUGCCCGUGCAGGAGCUCUGCGCAGGCGCCUGGGCCAUGAGGCCGCUGCAGGACUGCAAGCACGCGAGGCUGCCACGGACUAAGACUGCGCAUUAUUUUGAUCUGCUUGAAACUGGUGAAGGAGGUAAAACCACAUUAGCGGUAGCAAUUGGUAGAAGAGUAAUGAUUAUGAUUGAAGAAUCAAAGACUGACAACGAGAUGGGAUUCGAGUACACACAUAUCAAAGAUAUUCAACUUAGCGAAUCUCCCAUACUGAUCAAACUUAUGGACGGAGAAGUAGGCAUAAUGGUGGUUGGAUACAAACAUCACUGGGAAGUUUUAGAAUCUGGAACUGGCCAGGCGGUGAAAAGAGCUGAAAACUCUGAAGAUAGCGGACCGCGUCGUGGAACUCUCGUCAACGCUUUACGUAUAGGAGACGAGAGAGACGGACAAAUUGUUUUAUGUUAUAAUCAUACGUGUCAUUUUGAAAGACUAACGAGCAAAGGACUAGAAAGUGAUACUGAAUACGAUUUUCAUUGGACAACUGUGCCUGCAGCAGUAGUAUGUGCUUUCCCCUACAUUAUGGCAUUUGCCGAAGAUUUAUUAGAGAUACGACUAGUUGCUAAUGGAUCCCUAGUACACGCAGCCUGCAUACCUGGACUGAAAUUGCUUUGCGGGCGAAGAUUUCAGGAUAUAUUCUACGUGGCAUGCGCACCGGAAUACGUGCCUUUGAGUCGGGAGAUAGAUCCGUGCCUCAGUCUACACGACGAGCUCGUUCGACAGAUGAGCAAACAAUGUGGACCUUAUUCCCUUGAUGAAGAUGACAAUCAUGACAGAGGAGACCCCUACAAUAUCAACCGCGCCGCCCCUUCGGAGAAUAACUCGGCAUCCAGCAGAAGUAGCUCCAUAUCUUCGGAACAGGAGAACAUCAGACCACCGCUGACGAGGAUGGCUCCCAUAUCACCACCAACUUCUCCACAAGUUCUACCAGAAAACAGCGGACGCUGUGUACGAAUCUACAAGAUUCCUCAGAGCAAUCUGAGCGCGGGAGCAUACCAGCGACAGUCCGUCUCCGCCGACCAAGUGGUCACAUCAUAUUUCUCAGACAGGCCAAACAGCAUUCGCCAGAGACUAGCAGAACUGAGACUAGACAGCAAAUCAAGAGGAGGAGGUGACGACGAAACUUUAUAAGUGACAAAAUACACAACCAAUCUUCGUAGCUUGUUAUCGAAUACGGAACCAGGUGCACAAUUAUAAAUUAUGAGUAGGUAGAUAUACAACCGUAGGUACCUAAAGGUAUUGAGAGUUGGAAAGUUGUCUGCACACGACGGAACUUUCUGAAUCGCAAAUAUAGUCUUAGAAACACUGUAGAGCUCCAUCUCAAGUUAUGUCGUGUACAGACAACUUUAAAUGUCUAGAUAAAAUUAAAAAUAGCUAUUUUAAUUCAAGUAGACACGUUACCUGUAGUCAUAGAACGAGUAGAUACUAGAGGGAUACUUUUGAAUGGCAAAGAUGUGAUAUAACAAAUAUGGGUGAUGUGUAGUGAACAGAACUAUAUUUCCUACUAGUAGAGUGUAUGAGAAAAUUAGUAUGAAGCUAUUUUACGUUGACAAUUGUAAUAUUCUAUCAUUGUUGCAAUAUUUGAGAUAUAUAUCAGAAAGAAUGCUAUUACAAUAGUUAUAUUCUCUUCCCUGCUAUUGAAAUAAGAAAAUUAAGAAUCGUCUAAAUAAACCUACAUAUAUACUAAUUAAUUGCUCUGCACAAAAUAUAUGCUCAAUAUAAGGGAAACAUACUGUAAAACAAAAUUAUAUUAAAAUUAACAGUUACGAUGUAGAUGAUCGUUCAAUGUUAAAUACUAUUGGAUAAGAAAUUUUAUGACCUAGCAAGAAUUUUUACAAAAAAUAUACAAUGUACAGUGUAACUACAGAUAUUGAUGUAAUUCAAAUAAUAUAUACUUACUUAAUUAAAUACUGAAUCUCAUGUAUAAUAUUCUAGUCACUUGACUUCAACAUGUAAGACAAAAAAGUGAUGUAAAAUAGUUCUCUUAGGAUUAAACGAUUUAUGAAGAAAUGAUUAUAUUAUAUCUCUCGAAAGUCUAUUUGACACCAGAAAAGAAGUGCCAUCCAAUUAUUUGGUUAUCUUUCUAGACUUAAUAGUAUAAAACUGUAAUAUUUUGCGAUGCAAGAGAAUUGAAACCUUAUUUAAGUGUUAAUACAAAUUAUCUUCAAUGUACAUAGAGUAACAGUAGCGUUAACAUUUCAAAUGUAUUAAUUAAAGUUACCUAUUUACUUGUAUUACAGACAAUCUUGUAGUGUGUUGAAUGUUUCAAUGUCGUGCGAAAAUGUAUAUUACUUACCAAAGAAAAGAACCAAACUGAUAGAGAUAAGUUUAAAUCAUAAGAAUUAUUAUGAAUGCUGAUACCACGUGAGAUUUAAAGUUAUAUGCGUACAAUGUGUAGUCAUAAAGUUUUGUCCAAUUGAAAAUGAAAUAUUUGUAAGCUUUCAAUAGUAACUUACGUAGAAAUAUCCAAAAUAGAUCAUUGUUUUAAUUAUUUCUUUAAUAUAGUUAUAAUAAUAAUGUAUGUGUCCCAAUGUAUGUUGAAAGAUUAGUGUAAAUAACAAAUUAAAUAUGAAUGUAAUUUUUAUAUUUCUCAGUUUAUGAUUGCGCCGUUUAUAGUUCCCUCUUCGACAUAGUCAAAGUUACGAAGACCAUAGAAAAUAUAAUUAUAAUAUUAUAAGCAGAUUCGAUGUAUUAUAUAAAUAUUUUUAUUGCGAUAUCCAAAGUUAUGGAAGUACAAUUGCCUGUGAGAGAUAUUUGAAUACCUCUGAAAGAAAAGUUAUAAUGAUGUUAUAGUAGUUCACAAGUUUAUUAAAUAACUUUAUAUAUUUUGAAUGAGUGUAUAAAAGUCGCAUGUACAUUAAUGAAAAAUAUAUAUUUGGAUAUUUAGUUAUGAAAAUGCGUGC